AUGGGGAACCGAUGCAGAAGUCUGAAGUUGUUUGUCGAGGGACAACUUUAAGAGGAAUCAAGAAAGAAAGUUAUUAAACUUUUCUCAUUGAGUUGCUGCUGUUCUCUCUCUGUAUCUCCAGGGGAGGUGCAGUGGGGAGGCAGUCGGAGGGGAUAAUGCCCUGGGGCUGGUGCAGGCAGGUACUGGGAAUACUUUCCUCUUUCCUGGUGGCGGGCUGUGCAAUGCAGAGCAUCUAUGCACAGGAGCGGGCUGUGGGAUCCUCCUGCUACGGAGGAUUUGACCUCUUCUUUGUUCUGGACAAGUCUGGCAGUGUGCAGCACCACUGGAAUGAGAUCUAUUACUUUGUGGACCAUUUGGCUCACAAGUUCAUCAGUCCUCAGCUUCGGAUGUCCUUCAUUGUUUUCUCAAAAGAAGGAAGGACUGUGAUGGAACUAACUGAAGACAGGGAGAGGAUAGGCCACGGACUGGAGCAGCUGCGCAUGGUCCAGCCAGGAGGAGACACUGCCAUGCACAAAGGUUUUGAACGGGCCAGUGAACAGAUCUACUAUGCAACAGGGGAUGGUUACCGGACCGCCAGCGUCAUCAUCGCGCUGACCGACGGCGAGCUCCGAGAGGAUCAGUUUGACCUGGCCGAGAGAGAGGCCAGCAGAGCACGCCAGCUGGGUGCAACGGUCUACUGUGUGGGAGUGAAGGACUUUAAUGAAACACAGCUGUGGACGAUAGCCGACGGGAAGGAUCACGUCUUCCCAGUCAACGACGGCUUUCAGGCAUUACCAGGAAUCAUCGACUCAAUCCUGAAGAGAUCAUGCAUCGAAAUCCUGGCCGUAGAGCCAUCCAGCGUCUGUCAAGGAGAGUCCUUCCAGGUGGUCGUCAAGGGCAACGGCUUCCUGCACGCACGGGAUGUACGGAAGGUCCUCUGCAGCUUCCGCAUCAACGACACGCUGACACUGAUGAAGAGACCGUUGGUGGUCAGAGACACGUAUCUACUGUGUCCAGCUCCUGUUUUAGAAGAAGAGGGGUCGACUGCUACUCUACAUGUCAGCAUGAACAACGGCCUGAGCUUCAUCUCCAGCGCCGUGACAACCACUGCAGUAAGCUGCUCCGAUGGGACCUUUAUAGCCAUCGCUCUGCUGAUCCUGAUGCUGCUACUCAUCCUGGCACUACUCUGGUGGUUCUGGCCUCUGUGCUGCACCGUGAUCCUCCACGACCCCCCCCCUCCGGUGGUGGAGUACAGCUCUGAUGAAGAUGACGAAGGAUACCCAAAGAAGAGAUGGCCCACCGUGGACGCCUCGUACUAUGGGGGGCGAGGAGUGGGAGGCAUCAAAAGGAUGGAAGUGUACUGGGGGGACAAGGGGUCCACCGAGGAGGGGGCUAAGCUAGAGAAGGCCAAGAACGCUCGCGUGGUGAUGCCUGAACAAGACUUUGACUUUCCUCCUCCACGGACCUUCAACAACGGCGUGCGCAGACCCGUCCGUCCUCAGAAAUGGUAUUCACCCAUCAAGGGUAAGCUGGACGCGCUGGGCCUUCUGCUUAGGAAGAGCUACGCCCGGGUCUCUGUGAUGCGACCGCACCCAGGGGACAAGGGCAGGUGUAUCAACUUCACCCGCGGCUCCAAACCCAACGUGGGCCCUCGCUACCCCAUCUACAACCACCCGUCCACGCCCAUCUACACCCUGCCCCACAGCUACGCCCACGCCGCCGUCUCCAAGGGCAACGACGCCUUCUACUCCGACAUGCCUCCGUCCCCCACCUCCAUGCUGCCCCCGCUGCCCUCCACGCCCCCGCCUUCCUCCGUCACCUCCCCCGCCUGCCCUCUGGAGGACCCUCACUCUCCUCCGCCCAACAGAGCCCUGCCUUCACCUGCGUUCCCGACAGCCACCACCCCACCACCGUCCACCCCCGCACCGCAGGAGCACUUCUUUGGCCUGGCCACGCCCCCAUCGGCAACCUCAGGCUUCCUGCCUCCCGCACCGCAGGGACCUCCCCCCUGCAGAGCACCGCCCCCCUCCCGCCCCCCGCCCAGACCGUCCUAGUGGUCCAGAAUAUGAAAGGCUUGAGACAUGGGUCUGUCUGGUCCUACAGAUGAAGAGCAGCUUGCUUUGGGUCUUAAGAGUGAGCACAGUUUCCUAAUGAACCCAAAGUAAUCAAGAUAUUUUGUAUUUUUUAUAUAAUUCUGCAACUAUUAGAAUAGUUGCAAUAUUUGUCCUUCCCUCGAGUUGCGAUCAGGUUUGCAAUUUUCCAACUGUUUUCAAUCUGUUAGUAAUCCAGAAACUCAAAUUGAAAGGGUUAGCAAUUGACUUUGAAUGUUUCAUGAAAACCAUUCCUGGCGUGUCCAAUUGUUUUUAUAAGUAUAUUAUUUUUUAGAUGUAAACUUUGCCUGGCCGGUCCAACAGUUUUUAUAUGAUUUUGAGUAGUUUUGGGUUGGCACACACAUACGCACACACACACACACACACACACACACACACACACACACACACACACACACACA